UAGAAAUUUAGUUUGUUAGAUUUGAAAUAACUUUGUAUUCAUAUAAGCCGUUGACGUUUACCAAGAAAUUACAGCUUGUAUAAAAAUCAUGAAAUUCAAUCUCAUCAGCGGGGCCUGUUCAACUUUGUUUCAUAUAUUCCAUUUAUUCUGAAGCAGAGCUGCAGAGAUGGCGUCGAAUGAAGCAGUAGCGCCAGCAGGAGCACCAUCAUCCCCUGUUCCUGAGGCUAAACAGCAGCAGCAGCAGCAGGAAGGCAUUACCCCGACUCAUCCAAGACAACGACCGAAACUACCUCGUCGAUAUCUACUUGCAGGACCCCGAGCAAGGUACCUCGAAGAGGGUGUCCCUCUUUAUGAAGCAUCGAUAAAAUGUGACUGGGAUGCUGCUGAACCAAUUCUUAAGGCAAAACAAGACUUGGUACGGUAUAGCAUCACUGAAAAUGGAGAAACUGCACUUCAUGUUGCAGCAUCUGCAAAAGUACCCAAACUAGGGGUAGUGUUUGUCAAAAAACUGGUGGAUAUGAUGAAGGAAGAAGACCUGGAACUUGAAAAUGAGAAUUUCAACACUGCUCUCUAUUUGGCAGCUGCCGCUGGAAACCUUGAAACGGUUGAGAUUAUGGUAAAAAAGAACAGGAACUUGGUGACCAUCCCUGGUGCUGGAAGACAAAUGUUGCCACUAUAUGCGGCUGCCCUGUUUGGAAAUAAUGAUGUAGUUGAGUUUCUUUAUGGAGAGUCCAAUGAAUUGUGUGAAGCUGAUGGUUGGAAUGAUAAGAAUCGUGGCUGGCUUCUUGAGAAAUGCAUAGAGAAUGACAUGUUGGAUAUCGCACUAAAGAUUGUGAAAAUAUAUCCCCAACUUGGUAGUGGGAAUGCACUCGCACUUCUAGCUCAAAAGACUGAAGCAUUUCGCGAGACACGACCUACUAUUAAGGAGAGAGUUGUCAAUCUGAGUAAAUAUCUCCACUCGAAGAUCUUUAGUACAAAUCAGCCAUCUGGAAAUAAGCACUCAAAACCUGGUAGUGUGGGUGCACCUGAUAUUUCGGAUCAAAAGACACAAGCAUCUUCUAAGAAAAAACCUAAUAUCAUUUGGAGAACCAUUAACUCGGGUAAGAAUCUCUAUUCCUUGAUGUUUGUUAUGCAUCAGCUAUCUGGAAAUAAGCGUCCAAAACCUGGGAAUGGGGGUGCACCUGAAGACUUGGAUGGAAUGGCUAAAGUAUCCAACGAAACAAAAGCUAUAGUCACUGGGAAAACCAACAAGUCAGUUUAUGCAGUCGGAGUCGGUGGUUCAAAGGUGAAAGCUCCUGCAUGUGAAAGCAUAGCAUUGCAACUCCUAAGAAUGAUUUGGAAAGAUAUAGCAAAAAAGCCCAAGAAUGAAAUUGAUAGAAUACUCAGAGGGCCAGCAGAUGUGAAUAAGCAAGACAAGUCUGCUCCUGGAAGGGCUGUUCAAUUUAUGCAACUACAAAAAUCCAUUUCGGAUCAUAUUUACCGAUUGGGUGACAUAACCAGACAGCAGCUAAAUACUUUACUGUUAAAAAACCUCAUUUCCGAAAGUCUUGUGAAAAUGCAUGUUGAAACCCAAAACAUAAUCAAAGGAGCCCCUGAUUCUAUCAGCCAAGAUAACAAGCCAAUUUCCGGUAAGGCAGACCAAGCUCUGGAACUACAAAAGAUUAUUUCUAAAAGUAUUGUGAACAUGCAUGACGAAAUCCAGAAGAUAAAUGAGAUAACUGUGAAGGAAGAUCAAGAAGCUAUACAGCUAAGACUGCAAAACGCCAUUUCAGACCAUAUUGGAAAACUGAAAACAGAAAGCCAGAAAAUAAUCAGAAGACCUGCUAAGCAAACAUACUCUUCACGGGUAGUUUUUAUUGCUGCGGAAAUGGGCAAUACUAAUUUUUUAAUUGAGCUUAUCCGUCUAUAUCCUGAUCUCAUUUGGAAGGUAAAUGAUAAUAAUCAAACCAUAUUUCACAUUGCGGUCAAACAUCGUAACGCUGGUAUAUACAACCUAUUGUACGAGAUAGGUGCAAUGAAAGAUAUGAUAACUCCUCUCCGGGAUCCAAAGGAGAACAAUAUGUUGCACUUAGUUGGGCAGAGAGCAAAGGAAAAUCAACUCAAGGAUGUGUCAGGAGUUGCUUUUCAGAUGCAACGAGAGUUAUUAUGGUUCAAGGAAGUAAGGAAUAUGAUACCUCCUUCGUAUAGAGAACGGAAGAAUGAAGAUGGUUUGACACCACAUGAGUUGUUCACUAAUGAACACAAAGAUCUAGUUUUAAAAGGUGAGGAGUGGAUGAAAGGAACAGCUAGUCAAUGUAUGGUUGUUGCAGCACUUAUUGCAACCAUUGUAUUUGCUGCAGCUUUUACGGUUCCUGGUGGAUAUCACCAAGACAAUGGUAUCCCUGUCUUCCACUCAAAAGCAACUUUCAUCGUUUUUGUUGUGGCGGAUGCCAUUUCUCUAUUCUCAUCUACAGCUUCAAUUCUCAUCUUCUUAGCAAUUCUCACAUCUCGUUAUGCUGAACGUGAUUACUAUGAAUCAUUACCCAGAAAGCUCAUGUUCGGUCUCUUAACACUUUUCCUAUCUAUAACAACCAUGACAGUGGCUUUUAGUGUCAGUUUUUUCGUACUAUACCAUAAGGGUUUGAUAUGGAUACCGAUCCUUAUCGGUGUAUUUGCUGUGUUGCCGGUCAUCCUAUACAUGUUGUUACAGUAUUCGUUGUUUUUUGAUGUGAUUCGAUCAACAUAUCGUUCUAGGUACCUCUUUAAGCCAAAGAAACAAGUUCUUUAUUAUUCAAACCCCAAGGUCUGAUAACUAUUGCUGUUGUAGAUUCUAAUGGGUUUGUUUCAAGAGAUCCUUUUGUAAAACGGUUGCAAGUUACAUGAAUAUGACAAUGUAUUUGUUUUAAAGA